AUGCAGUUACAAACUUCUCCACGCCUACCAGGCGUCCCCAUUCUGAGACUGGACUCUACAGGGCCGGAAUACUCUCGCUGGCGACGUAGCGUCAAAUUUGCGCUUGAAACGAAGGAUGCCUGGAAAUACUGCAACGGCACUUUGCCCAUGCCCAUGCCCAGUCCAAGGCUAGCUUCGACCAUUUGUGUAACGGAGACGAAAGACAUGCAGCCGAGCUUGCUAGAAGAGCGAAGGUCAUGGGUACGGAAAGAUCGAGAGGUCAAGCUUGAUAUCUUUCUCUCGCUGGCAGAGGAAGUGAUGCUGGAGCUGUUUGAAGUCGGACCACCAUUACCACCAUCCAACUUUAGCUCGCAGGAGAUACUCGAGGCGUUAGAUGAACGAUUCAGCGUGUUCAGCUUCUCUGGCUAUCACCACGCAUUCUGCCAUUUCCUCAACCUGCACAUUGAUCAAUACGUAAGCAUCGAGGAUUUUAAUAACGAGUUCACGACGGUGUUGGAGGAUUUGAUCGACUACGGCCAUCCACUUUCCAAUACCCAAGCAUGUUCCGCCUAUCUUUCGAAGCUCCGAUGUAUCCAGAAUCCAUGGGUCGCAAAGAAGUUGGAAAGCUUGGAUACGCUGCCAGCAAUGCCUGAUAUUUACAACCUCAUGCAAGAAUCGCCGCCAUGGGCAUGCAUACGACCACUGCGUAGGUCGUCCCAAACUUUUCCUGUACCAACAUUAUCAGAAAAACAUCCUGGAGAUUCACGGAGUCAUCCCCAGAGCGGUAUACCGGGUCUCUCAAAUAGUAGCACUGCGUCAUCCGAUGGUUCUCGCUCAAGACAACUCUCUAGACAGGUAACUCAUAUCCAGAAGGUCGUUGCAGACAAGGAUGCCGAACCCGAUCCCCAGGACUUGCGCGAGGCAAUCGAGAAGCUUCUCACCUCUGCCGAGGUUAAGCAUUCUAGCUUAAAGACCGAUGCUCCAGUAGCUUCAGUAUGCGCUACGCCAGACUGGUUGAAUGCACCGCAAAAAGUUGCUCCGAAGAUACUGUCAACACCAGAACUACCACCUCCUGCCAUAUCACUGCGUCUUCGCAAUACUCCCACUCAGUCGCGCGCACGCUCCGUAUCGCCACGUCUUCCAUCGGAAUCGUCUAGAACCUUAUCACAAGCAAGUCUGAAAGUACCAACAAGGACGAGACGUCCACGCACAGCAGAUAUGCCUUAUAAGAUAGUCCAGCCAUUCCAGCCUCUUCCGCCCGUACGGUCGAGAACACCAACGUAUCCACCACCUCCACUGUCAGAGCACCCGGCUUUUCGAGACAGACCCUUGUUCCCAACGGGACAAGCCCAACCAGAUCUAAUUUCCGUGGAUUACUUCAAUAGACCUCAUCACCAUUCCGCACCAAUAUAUCCGCCAUAUCAGCACUCAGCCUACUCGUCAAACAGCAGUAGCGCGCUUAGCUUGCCACUACAAGGGACCAGCGAGUCGCCAUGGUGCUACAUAAAGGACAAUAGCGAAGACACUCGGGGGCACUCCAUCCCAAUCCUCACGUCUUCUAUAUUCCUCCAAGGCCGGAACCCAGACAUUACCAUUGAGCAAAGCAAAACGUCUCUGCAAUCCUCGGCUGCGGACAUUACUGCUUUGCCGUCCAUUACCUCAAAUAUCGACGACUUGAUCCCGCCGCUACCAAAGAGGAACAUGUUACGUAGAGCAUCGUCUAGUAUGGACAUACUAAAACGGCUCAGUGGGGAUAGCCUGCUCGAGUCUAGCGAUGAAGUAAGGGAACGCGAGGAGAAGAAGGUUAGAGAGAAGGAAAGAAAAAGAAAGGGGUGGACCAUUGGGGUGAAUAUUGCAAGAUUCACGUAUAGCAAGGGCAUUCAGUAG